UCUCAGCCCUCUCACAACCUAGGAGCCAUCCGGCAUGCCGCCGCUUCUCCACCUUACUUACUCUCGUCCCAAGUAACAACUCUUGUCAUGGGGGCCGAUGGUUCAGUGGCUACGGAGUCAUCCGCACAUAUCGAACGAUUACCCGAUGAACUCUUACUUCGGAUCUUCGCUCACACUCUGCUCACUAUCGAGCAGCUGUGCAUGGUCAACGCUGAUCGCGGUGCGGACUCGCGACAGGUAAGCCGGCUUUGCUUAGUUUCGUCUCAUUUUCGAACUGUCGCUCAGCCACUCAUCUAUCAAACACUCCAGUUCACGCAGACUGAUCCUCUCUGCGAUGGAUACCAGUUCAGCUCUAGCCAGGAAUUUACCUACCUGCGCCGCCGCCCGGAUGAAAUCCAGAUUGUCCGUCACUUGGUGCUGAAGGGAACACCCUUACCUGUAGCGCGCCUCCUCGAAGCCUUCGAGGACCCGGCGAUCCAGUCACAGAUUCAGCAGACCUACUCGACCAGCUUCUGUACCUUUCUCGACAGCCUGAUCGUCGAAGCGAGAGAAGUCACAACAACCUGGCCCCACAGUGUCGAUGUUUCCAGAUCUCGAGGGCACUAUGUACUCUCCUAUGACCUCCUCGCCAUCUGGUCACUCACCCUAGCAGACCAGGUCGAGUUUGCAUCGUUGCGCGUCGUUGCAGAUAGCCACGGUUCACUCCUUGCACGAUUCUUCUCCUUCUGUGGACAUGCUCUCGGCACGGCCGAUCGAGGCCUGCAGGCACGACUACCUUCUCCCCUCUCGCGUCUCCAUAUGCUUGAGCUUACUCCUAUGGAGAACGAUAUUGGGACCGUGAGCAAUGCUGCAGUCUCGGCAUUUCUUUCGUUCCAAGGCCUCGUGAGCUGCUACACGUCGUAUCUCAGCUGGGGCAGAGGAGGCUCGGCACCAUCUAACCCAGGGGCACCAGCCCGACCCUGGCCGAUUGCGCCUCAUAUCCAGCACCUCGAGCUCAGAUCGGCUGCUUUCCCGGGCACGCCGCGAAACUCUAAGAGCAGUAGUCUAGUGAUCCGCGAUCUCGUCCUGAGGGAACUCGGCUCUGACCUGAGGAGCCUUGUCGUAGACGUGGAUCCUGGGGAUGCGGAUGCGUACGACGAGUAUCCCCGCGCUAGGAUCGACUUCGGUCCGCUCGGCGAGGCGAUCAGGACAUACGGGACCGGACUACGCCGCUUCGAGCUCCAACUAUACAAGACAGCGGCCGGCCAGUUUGAGGAACGAGACAGCGGGGUGCUAGGUAACCUACGGGCGGCAAACAUCAAACUCGAGUGGCUCAGUGCACCCAUGUCGAGGCUGACAUACUUUGAGCGCCCUAAGGACGGCGUCGGGGCUUACCCCGGAGAUCACGACAAAGCAUACAUCCCACCAGACUUCGCGGAUCUAGGGGACUACCUACCCCCCAGCCUGCGAUACUUUUGGACGAGUAUCCCCAACCCUCGCUUCUAUAACCCAGUACCUCAACAUGAUCUGAGCCACGACCUAGGUUCAUUGCUCGCCAGUGCCGAGGCUAAGCUGCCACAACUUGAGUGGGUGCUCGUCCACGCGCCGUACCCCAACUACCAGCUACGCCAGGGUUACAGGACUUAUCAGUACUGGGCAGAGGAGACGAUGGGCCCCUUCCACUACCUAUAUCGUCGACGGCAGGGCCCAGGGUGUCGUAACACGCUAGGGCCUAAGCAGCACCCACCAGAGUGGAAGCAAGCUAUCAAGCAUGAGAUCGCGAUGAGCUUCGAAUAGCACAACCAACCUGUCAUGUAGGACAGGCUCGGACUCAAGUCACGUUUUGGUGAAGAUACUUCCAGCGAGGCAUGAAGCACUCCUUGAUAUAUAGUAUAAAGCCGCCUAGAGAAGCCUUCUUUCCUACUGGUGUCCUGGCCGCAGUAGACCCGUCAGUCUAUCACACUUAAGAAUAUUAUAUAGGACUACGCGAGCUGUCGCUAGCAAGCGCGGUUAGUGAAUCAGGUCUUCGAAGUAGGGAUUUACCCGCCCCGUGCGCGGAGGCAUCCUACUGUCUUAUUCCACCCCUAAUUGAGUCAACUUCGAGGGUU